AUAUAUUAAUAUGGCCCACUCUAGCUCUCACCUCUCUUUCUCUCUCCCCAUUGUCUGUCUGGUUUUCCUUCCCCAAGCAGAUUCAACAUAUUUGCCCAAUCUCACCUAUGUACUUUCCUUUGUCCUUUUUCCUUUCCUCAAUUCUUUCCAAAAACACAACACCAAAUCAAUCCAUGAUCUUCCCUCAUGCUAGCUGAUCACCACACACAUGUUGUCCACACUCCUCCUCUACGCAAUCCUAUCCUCAUCAUGCCACGCCGCCGUCGCCACCUGCGAUUCUUGCAGCCAUAUUCACCAAUACAUAGCACAGCCAGACCAAAUCUUCGAGCAGAAGAGCACCAGAUUCUGGCACUUCAACGAGCAGUCCGCCUCUUGGGGGGAGCUGCGGCUCCCCUACGACCUGGUUUCUUGCAUCGACGGCGACUGCAGAGUCGUCGCAUCGAUCCAAGAAGCCGGUGAUGGGAGCCAGAUGACUCCUCUGCGGCAUCAGUCUCUCCCUCUGAGGAGGAGAGUCUCGUUGACUAGGAUGUCCGAGGCGUCUGUGUGGGUGACCGGAGAGAGCGGCUCGAUAUACGAGAGGUUUUGGAACGGCCUCCGUUGGGUGAUCGCGCCGCAUGACCUGCCCGUCCCCGCGGUUUCUGUGUUUUUGGUUAACCAGAGUAUCCUUGCCCUGUCUGAGACUGGCUCCUUGUAUCAAAUGCAGCUGAGUGAUGACGUACAACCAUUCUGGGUGGAGUUUGAUCACUCCGUGCACGGUGGGGUUGCCUCGGGGGUGGUUACAGAUGACAAAGAGAGGAUGUACUUGUGCACGAGAAGCGGACUGCUUCUCGAGCUUGUUGGGGUUGAUCCCCCGAGGUGGGAGAGCCACGGGCGGCCUCCAGGGGCAAAUGUGUCAGCAGUGAGCGAUGGCGCUAGGGUUAGACCCGGGCUUCUCCUCAUUGUGAGUGCUGCAGGGGAUCUGUACGAGUACGAUAGUGUAUCAAAGCCUACGUGGAGGAAGCACGUGCACAGGCAGGGUACUCAUACUUCCUUGGUGUCGUCGUCCCCUGCCUGUGUUGUGCCUGGACUAGUUGGAGCCUACUCUGUGUCUCUCUUCUUGUUGAGUAAGAAGGAGGGGUUGAUCGAGCGGAGGCUGCACCGGAGGAAGUGGAAAUGGGUGGUUCAUGGCAAUCCCAAAGGCCAUCUACUGACCUCCAUCACCUGCACCACUCAAGAUGACUCGAACCCGUUGCUGCUUCUCACAACUGCAGACGGCUUCGUGUUCCAAUAUCAAAUCCACAAGAACGAAGAAAAUGAAGAGAAAUGGAUAAACCAUAAGCAUCCCCCUAAUGCAAGAGUUGCCAGAGGCAUCUCAGGGGUGGAGCUCCAAGCCGGGAGGACGAUCUUCCCGUUGGAUGAUGGAAGGCUUGCAGAGCUCCAUCUCUCUGGCUUCGGAGGCGAGGAUUUAGGCCCCAACGCUCAAAUGAGUAGCCGGAAAAAAUCCCUAGUCAAGUAUGUAUGGUCACUGCUUGAUGCCCCUGAGAGUGAAGGAUGGAACGGGGAAUACUGCAUUGAACAGCGCGGACCCACCAACUGCAUCACAGGCACCAAGGAGGAGACGAGCGAGUCAUCGAUCUCACGGUGGCGAAAGGACUAUAGGACACAAGAGAGUUACCUAACACCAGAUGGUGAUGCAUCAGACGAAGACUAUGGUGUCGUUAGUGAGAGAUUGGACAAGAAGUUGUUUCGUCUCCGGUUAAUGCAGGGAGGGAAGUCAUUUUUCCUGAUAACAGAGAGUUACAUGACAUUUGAGUAUCUGGACACUGAGAGUGGCUGGUUCUGGUUGAGGCAUGAGUACGUGACUGGGAUCCACAGUGCGGUUGGGAACUACAACGGGAGCUUGUUUGUGGUGGAUGGGCAGGGGAGCUUGCUGAUUAGAGAGAGAAGCAGCAGUGAUUUAGCUUGGAUCAACUGCACUGCCAUGAGGAAAGGUAGGCAGGUGGUUGGUGGCCCACCGUGGGAUGGGAUCCCCGGCCAGCCAAUUAGGGCUAAAAUCGAAGAUGCAAUCUUCUUUGUCAGCACGACCGGGAGGCUCUUGCAGUUCACUGUAGCACUGAGAAAGUUCAAAUGGAGAGACUGUAAGAAUCCACCGGGCGUCAAGAUUGCGAACAUAGUCGAUCAAGAGGGGUUCAGGGAGAACGUGGUGUUCGUCGUGGGGAGGAACGGGCGGCUAUAUCAAUACAACAAAGUCACACAAGUGUGGCACCAGCACUACCAGUCACAGCACUUGGUUCUGUCAACAUCACCGGGAACUGCAACGAGGCCCUCAGCAGGGUCACUGAGGGGGUCGCUCUUCAUGUUGUCGGAGGGUGGUGGGCUUGUCGAGUAUCAGUGGAGUCCCACGGACGGAUGGAACUGGAUUGAGCAUGGGACUCCACAUACUAGUGUCACACUCAUUGGGGCACCCGGGCCUUGCUUCGGUGGGACUCAGCUUUUCUUGAUAGGAUCAAAUGGGAAUGUGUAUCUGAGGUAUUUCAACCAGCAAGAGUGGAAAUGGAGGCACUGUGGUUUCCCUUUUCUGCCAAACAAAGGCGAUCAAAGCAAAGGGGAAGGUGAAGUUGUUGAAUGUGUGGAAAAUGAUUUUGCAGAUAGCUUUCACAAGAAUGAAGAUAAAUUACAUGGCCUGGACAAAUUUUGUGACCCUAGGGUAUCAUCGACAAGACCAAUUCCAUUUUCUGAAGAUUCAGUCAUUUUCGAGUUGCAGGAUGGCCAAUUGGGAGAAAUGAGACAGACAGAUAACAAAAACUGGAUUUGGUCACGUACAAUAGGAACUCCAACAAGCUUAUGCAUGGCCAAUUUCUGGAGUUCGUGGGCUACAUAAAUGCAUGGUUCUAUGUGUUGAAACAAAUAAUUUAGGAAGUAGGACAUCAUUUCAAAGGAAUAGAUAUUAGGCAACAGGUUCCACCUUAGAAAAUGUAGAUAAAAUAGGUUAACACACAAAAUAUACGACACACACAAAAAUUUACAGAUGUACAUUAUCUGAGUUAAAGCUUAACAACUGAGAUUUGCAGUUUUAUA